AUGGAGGCAUCGGCGCCCGGCCCGCCGCGUUUCACCGUCGCCGACCUCCUCCAGCUCCGCCGCCCCACCGCCGGCGCCUCCUCCCUCCUUUGCCCCUCCGUCCCCACCUCCAGCUCCACCUCCCGGCCCCGUAAAAAGCACAAGCUCUCCGCCCCAGCCCCAACCUGGAGCACCGGCACGGUCCCGUUCGCGCCGAUAUCCCACCCUGUGCUCCUCUCCGGCACGCUCUCCCUCCCCUCCGCGACCUCCCCGGCCUCCUGCCGCAGCAACUGCUUCUCCUUCUCCGACCCAUCCCCCACCGCUGCCUCCACCCCGGCCACCGCGGCCGCCUCCGUCUGCUGCUGCAUCCUCGACUUCGAUCCCGCUGCGCUGGGACGCGAGAUCCUCGUCCUCGCGUGGAACUACCUACCCUCAGUGCGCCUCCACGCCGCCCCGGGCGUGCUCGAAGUUGUCCGCUGGCGCCUCGCGGAGGAGGAGGAGUCCGCUCCUCCCGCGAAACGUGGCUUCCUGGCGACGGUCCCGUUCCAUUUCCCCGAUCAAGAGCCCGACUUGGCCACCCGCGGCUUAGCAUUUGGUCUGGUCAGGUCCGUCAGCGUGGUGUUCAGUAUGCCUCUCGCCAAGACUGAUGCAGGAGCAGGAAGCAGAAAUCCAGUCGGGUUUCUGGCAGAGAUUUUGUGUUGCGGGUGUCGCCGCUGCUACAGGGCGACACCGCCGGAAGAUGCCCCGAGUCACAAGUUUGAGACGAUGAAAUUUGUCUACUUUGUGGAUGCGUCGAGCAUGUGGCGGCCGGUUCUAGUGUGGCUUGUGGGGAGGCUGGUGUACAUUUCCGGGUUAAAGAAAAAAAUUGUUUCUGUUGGGGACAAAGCCUCACACACAAUGUUGGUGUCAUCUGCAAAGACAGCCAUAGCAUGGUGCCCAUCCUAUAGGGGCAGUCUGCCAUUGUAUAGCUUCCCUGAGAAGUGCGGUGGGGAAUAUGCUGGGGUUAUCACUGGAAUUUAUUCGCAGGGUCUGGUGGUCGAGCUGGAUAACACUGCAUGGCUGCUGAUUGAUGAUCAGCAGCUUCCACCACCACAUUCCCUUCGAGUUGGUGCCAUUGUCUCUGUAAAGAACUUUCGAGCAACGUGUCUGAAUUUUGCUUGGACACGGAUUGUUCUGCUUGCAACAUGCUGUAAAACCUGCAUUACUGUAAAUUAUUUCUCCUCGGUGGACUCCAAAAUUCAUUUGAAGACAGAGAACAAGGGCCUCUUGGGAACAUUUGUUGACUCAUUGGAGAUGCCUGCUCGAUUUUGGAUGUUACUCCUGAUAUCAUGCUUUAAACAGAAGUUCACUAAAUUAUUUUCUGAUAAAGAAAUUUUGGGCUCACAAAAUAAGCAAGGAGUGGUUCAUGCCUAUGCUACUAAAAUUCUCCCGUCAAAGUGCCAACCCAAGGAAAGUUUAAUAAUGAAAUUCUGUAGACAUAAUUGUGGUAGCUUACGCCUUGGAUCUAAAUUGGAGGGUUGCAAAUUGGUACUGGCCAUACCAUUCUCUAAUCUAGUCUUCAAGGGUGAAUCAUUGUGGAUAUCAUCGAUGCUUAAAUUAUGGAAUGGUUCUGAAGAAGUGGGCAAGAGCCAGGGUUUCUUAUGCGAUGGUUUUUCCUAUACCAGCAGUACCAAAAGAUUAAUUUCGAGUGAAGAUCUGGAUUUUGUUUUAGUGGGAAGCAUCAAGACUUCUCCACUGUCAGGGAGACUGCAGUUGGUUGAUUCCACUGGAUGUAUAGAUAUUUUUAUACCUGAUCUUCCACCGAAUGAGAGCUUGUAUGGCAUCUAUGAGAUCGUCGAUUACAAACUAGCCCUUGAAGGCCCAGUGGCUUACGUAGACCAUUAUGAUGUUGCUGAUCCCCUGUCCUGCAAAGCUGUGUUUCAGAAGCUUCCUUACAAAAAAAGAUUGCAGCACCUCAAUAUUUAUGUUAUAGUUCAAUGGAGGGAAUUAAUUCAUAUUGGCCCUUCCUUGAGUAUUGCUUCUUAUAUUAAUUAUAGGGCCAGGUUGUUUCACCUGCUGAAGUUGUCCCACAUAUUUCCUGUGAACAGCAACAUUCAAUGUCAAAACAUGUCAGGGUCCCUGUAUGCUGAAGCUGUAAUACUUCCAUACGUUUUGAAGUUUAUUGGGCAAGGUGAAUUUCUUGAGGAUGCUGAGGGCUUUAUAAUGUCACACUCUACUUUACUAGGUAAUUCUGGAGCCUCUGUGGCAAAAUCAUGUAGUAUUCCAUGUUCGCUAAGCUUUGGCAGCACCGAUCUUUGUGGUACUCUGGUGUCUACCUAUUCCUCUGGAUCAGAAGGUACUGUUCUAAAUGAACCUAUUGUACAAAGAAGAGAAUACUCAUCAAGGAUUUUGUUGGAGUUCAAGGCGGGAAGUUUUAUGAAAUAUCAGUUACCGCGAAUAAAUGGUUCCUAUAUUCUCCAAUGUCCCAGUGGAAGUUCUACUUGCACCAUGGGAAGUUGUGGAUGUGUGCGAGGUGGUAAAGUCUCGAUAGAUUCUCAAGAUAGUCUUUGGAGCUUUGCCGUUACCAUUGAUGGUAAUAUAAACAUCAAGGGGCCAAUUGGGGAUCAAUCUAUUGGAGGUACUUCAGUGAAGAUGGAUGAGCUAUUUUCCAGAAAUAACAUCCACGAUGAGCUAAGAUUAAUUCAGCCUUGGAAUGACUUUUACCAUAAUUCUUAUUUCCAUUUGGAUUUUUCUUGUGAGGCAAUAAGUAAAAAGAUGGAAGAAUAUAACACCGUAUGUCAUGUAUUAAAUGGGCUGUGUGCUUCCUCCAGUGAAGUUUUAAGUGUGUCAUCAUGUGUUGAUAUUAUGAUGCCUAAAGAUGCUUCUGUGUCUGCUAACUUCAAAACUAAAGAAGAGGCUCAUGGAGAUUUAUUAAUAUCGGUACAGGGAAAAGUAGAAAAUAUACAUUCACUUGUCUGUAAGUGGGAAAGAUGCGUUCCUGGUAAUGAGAAGUACAGUCUAUGUAUCCAUAUUGCUGAUAAUAAUCAUGCGGUAUAUAUUCGUGGAUACUCAAACAAACAUUCUACUGUUGGCAUAGGACCAGGGGCAACAGUGACAUUCCAUCGCGUCUGUUUGAAACAGCAUAGAUUAUUGUUAACCUCCGAGACAUAUAUUGAGGUUAGCUCCAUCAGCCAUGCUAACUUUACUGAACAAAGUGUUAUUUCGUCACCAAAGUCUAAUUGGUUAAAAGAUGGUUCACUUAGCACAGCUUCACCGUGCUUGUUCUUUCAUCAGAAGUAUUUUACAGACAGUAGACCCAUGCAAUUUCACUGCAGGGUAGCAACUGUCCUUGUGCUGGUAUUGAACAAAUCGACUAAUCAUGGUGAAACUCCAAACGUAAAAGUUCGGCUAGCUGGUUUUAUUCUUGAUGAUGGAUCAUCCCUGUGCUGUGGCUGGGCUGAUGGUGCUAGGGCAGAAUUAUUGCUUAGACUGCAGGAAAUUUCACAUCUGGAUGCUUCUGUUAAUUUAAAGCUUUCAAAAGGAGGAAAUAGCACAAACUUACAAUAUACUAUUGGAUGCUGCCUUGAAAAAAUGUUGAAGAAGCACACAAGCGUUACCGUAAAGAACUGUGGAAUUCCUCCUGAUUUCUCUUGCCGAGAUUUGGAUGCAUCUUCUGUUUCGGACAAAGUCUUAAGUCGCUUGGAAGACAAACUUCUGAAAUUUAUUGUCCUUAAUGCUUGUUGGAAGGGAUCUCUGAAUGUUAUCACAUCAGCUCUAAACCCAGAUGAUAUAAAUGGGUUCAAUGUGGAGCUCCCUGUUCCAGUACAGAACAUGCGGAUGCUUUGGAUAGAAGAAGUUUUCCCAGUAGAUCCUUUGGAAGAAGCUCGCAGACUUUGUGAUAUUUUGGAACACAGCUAG